AUGUUGUUGAUAGCAUCCCCAGCCACAACCCUUUCUAAACCAAAAUCAAUUGUGUUUGUUGCUUCUCCCACUUCAUCUCCACCAGCUUCAUCCCCUAAUGCUGCAACUGCAACCCCUCCUAUUUCAUCUCCCACGAUAGCAUCUCCUCCAUCUAAAGCUGUUGCUCCAGCUCCAACAACCACUCCUCUGGUGGCCAAACCUCCCGUGGCCACUCCUCUUACGGCUACACCUCCUGCUGUGACACCUGUGAGCUCGCCGCCAGCGCCAGUUUCGGUGAGUUCUCCACCAACGCUUGUUCCGGUGAGCUUUCCCCUUGCACUGACACCGACAACUCUGACACCCGUGGUAGCACCUAGCGUUGAGGUUCUUGCUCCCAAGUCGAAGAAGAAGACAAAGAAGAGUAAGAAGCGCACUGCACCAGCACUGUUGCCGGCAUUGCUUGACCCUCCUGCUCCUUCGGUAGGAGCUCCGGGAUCAAGCCAGGAUGCGUCUUCUCCUACAAAAAAAAGUGUGAGAGAGAAAACGAAGGGGCCUAUGAUACGAUGUGAGAGGAGAAAAGUUUAA